UCGCUGCUUCCCACUUCUAUCGUUAGAGGCAGGUAAAAGUGCUCUUUUUAUGACAAAUUCCCCGUGACAUGUCGAAAAACGUUGGCAUCUAUAUCCAUCUAAUUUUAUUAAUUAAAUUAAUAAUUUUGGUGGACAUUGCACUACCAAAUGAAGUAAUUGGAUGCGGUGGUUUUAUCAAAAGCCAAAAAGACAUAGACUUUUCCAAAGUCGAAGUUAAAUUAUUAACUAAAACUGGGGCUUUAAAGGAUAAAACCGAUUGUUCGCCAUCCAACGGCUACUACUUUUUGCCCAUCUAUGACAAAGGAGAAUAUCUUUUAAAGAUUUCGCCUCCGCCGGGAUGGAGUUUUGAGCCGGAGGAGGUGAAACUAAAUUUCGAUGGCCAGACAGACGUGUGCAGCUUGGGCAAAGAUGUUAAUUUCGUUUUCAAAGGCUUCGGAAUUACUGGCAAAGUAGCUUUGGCCUCCGCUGGGGCAAAGGGCGUUACGGUGGAACUAAAGUCGGAAGAUGGAAAAGAUACGCGCCACACAAUUACCGAUGCAAACGGUAUAUUUUCAUUCACACCCAUCAUACCGGGGAAAUAUGUCGUGAAAGCCUCGCAUUCAAAAUGGCACUUUGAGAAGAGUGAACACACGGUGGUAGUGGAAAGCGGAAACACAGUCUUGGCGGAUAACUCGUUGGUGGUGUCCGGCUUCGAUGUAAACGGUCGGUUCGAUACCCUAGGACAAUUGGGAAAAGGCGUUGGUGUGGCAUUGUUUAGAAAUAAACAGAUGGUUACUUCCCCAAGAUGUGGCAAGCAAGGACUAGGCUCGACUUCAGUUUCCCAUAACAAUCCAAAAUAUGAAUACUUGACCUCCUGUUACACAGAGGUUGAUGCCGCAGGCUCAUACACAUUCAAAGACGUUCGACCAGGACAAUACCUCCUAUUGCCAGUAAUCAAGGAGAACCUGAAGUUGAACAUCAAACCCCAGUUUAUUGAAAUUGAAGUUGCCAAAGACACUUUGGAAGUGAAACAAGAAUUUAAGAUAAGUGGCUUUAGUGUCACUGGAAAGGUUUUGCAUUCGCCUGGAGGUUCGCCCAUAAAUGGGGCCACAAUCAAAAUGAACGGUCAAAAAGUAUCAACCACCAAUGCAAAUGGUGAGUUUAUUUUGGAAAAUAUAGCCUCCUCCGGACUUUACACCAUACAAGUAGAGUCUGAAAAAUUGCAAUUCGUGGAACAGCAAAUUCAAUUGCAAUUGACGACUGCAACUAUAGCUCCGAUUGUCCCAUCGGCCUACGAAGUUUGUGGCAAUGUAAUGGCCAAAAAGUCGUUUAAGGUAGGCAUCACCAAACAGGAAUCAACUUUCCAUACAACGGUCGCAACCAAUGCGGAUUCUGGGUUAUGGUGCACCUUUUUGCCAAGUGGAAAAUUCACAGUCGAAGUUUUAACAUCGGACAUUGAUCGAUCGAAUGGUGUUCAAUUCUUCCCAGUGCAGAAAACGGUUGAAGUAAAAAACCAGCCAUUGAAUGACGUCGUAUUUUCGCAACUAAGAGCUACUUUAGAAGGUUCAUUGAAAUGCCUCGCAGAUGCCCCACAGCCAGCCUGCUCUGCAACACAGGUAACUUUACACUCACUGGACGCCAACGGACAACCCACUGGGCAAAAACAGGCAACUCAAGCUCAAGGUGGUAAAUAUACCUUCAAGAAUGUCCUCCCUGGUCCAUAUGAGAUUACUAUACCCCAAUCGAAUUUGUGCUUCGAUUCGACAAGGGUAUUGAUUAAUGUAGCUUCUGCAUCUGAAACAGCUCCUCAGUUCAUUCAGCAUGGCUAUGAAGUCAACAUUAUCUCUAGUCAUCGCGCAAUAAUGAAAUACGCACAUAGUUCAGCGACAUCAACAGAUAAUCUUAAACUGUUGGCUGGCGUAAAUACAUUCUGCGUCCCUAUCUCGGGCUCAUAUUCCAUCAAACUAGAAGGUUGUCACCUGUACGAUGAGCAAACACUACCAUCCACAUUUAGCACAACUAAUACAAAUCCCAUUAUAAUAAAUGCUGUUGCCCAUAAAGUGGGAGUUCGUGUAUUGUCGCCUGAAUCGUCUGUUCAAAAUCUAAAUUUGCUUAUCGAGUCUGCGACUUUGGGGAAAAUUCAAAUAAAACCCACUGCGGAGGCCCAUAAAGUCGAUGGGAAAUAUGCGUUCCGCUAUGAAACGCAUUUGAAACCUGAUGAAAUUCUUCGCAUUACUCCGACCAGUGAUAUAUUAUUAUUUGAACCACAAUCCAAAGAAAUCAUUGGCUCUAAUGAUUGCGUUGAUGUCGCCUUUAACUUCAUUGCCUCAAAGGGACUAAUAAUAAACGGAAAAGUCAUACCUGCAAUCAAAGAUGCCAAAAUAACACUUAGCUUCCCAAAUAACCCAGAAUUGGAGACACAGACCGCAAUGACUACUCCGAAUGGCGAUUUCAAGUUUGGACCCAUCAGUGAGAAUCUAAAAUACAAAUUGCAUGGUGAAAAGGAGUCCUAUGUGUUUUCCGACUUCAACCCAUCAACAAAUUCGUUUAGCAUCCACAAACUUUGUGAAAUCAUUGUCAAGGUUAAGGAUGAAACAGGUAAGGGAUUGGGCGGUGUACUGGUAUCGCUAAGUGGUUCUGAAAGUUAUCGCAAAAACUUGAUAACUGCUGAAGAUGGCUCUAUAAACUUCCAUUCAUUAUCUCCAUCACAAUACUUUUUGCGGCCAAUGUUAAAGGAAUUUAAAUUUGAUCCCAACUCCAAGAUGAUCGAUCUAAAGAAUGGUGAAACUGUAGAGGUUGAAAUGAUUGGCAAACGUGUGGCCUUUUCCUUAUUCGGUGCUGUUACUUCGCUUAAUGGUGAGCCGUUCGCGGAUGUCAAUAUCGAGGCAACGGCCGACGAAUGUUCUCAUCAUCAAGAAGAAGCCACUACAGAAAAGAAUGGCAAAUAUCGCAUACGUGGUUUAAAUCCUGGUUGUGAAUACACUAUUCGCGUAAAAGAUGCUGGUACAUCUGGAAACAACGUGGAUCGCUCUAUACCAACAACACGUUCUGUAAAAAUUGCCUCUGCUGAUGUACAAGGUGUCAACUUCUUGGCUAUAUCACCCAUUACCUUUGUCGAUGUUACUCUACGUGUUACAGCAUCGUCCAAUGAUUUUUACAAAACGCUGCGUGUUAUUAUGUACCGCAAGGGAGCAUACGACUCACCGGUCUACUCUCAACGACUGGAUACACCAUUGAAUCCGAAAUCACGCUAUAACCCCGGAAUUAUGGUGUUCUUUCCGCGCAUACCACUUGACGGCAAAACUUAUGUGGUGGAAUUGAAAUCAACUUUGUCAGAUAAAACCUACACAUACUCGGUACGCAGUGAGCAAUUUGUUGCCGAUACCCCAUCGGUUUAUGUUGAACUUGAUUUCCGGCCUGAAGUCAAGUCAUACGAAGGUGACCUCAAUCAAAACUCCAUAUCCGCUUUAGUGCUGGUGGCCCUAGUUGCUAUUGCCUUCUUCAAACAAGACAUCGCAAUGGCUUUUCUGGACUUUGUCUGGUCUAAGGUCAAUGGUAUUGCCCAGGAUAUAGCCCAAAAGCAGAAAACAAAUGCCAAAAAUAACCAAAGAAAAGUGGAGCCUAUCAACCAAAAGGAAAUCGAGCAAAUGGCUGAGCAAAUAAACAACAUAAAAAAGAAAAAGACCAAGAAAAUCUAAAGAUUGACAAUAGAAAACGACGAUCGAUCUCUUGAUAUUUGAGAGAUCCACAAACUAAA